UGAAAAUCUCUAUUUUCUGGGCUGGUGGGAAAAGACGAAAGAACAGAGAAAAAAGAAAAGUGAGGAGAAGAGAGCAAAGCACAGGCUGAGAACGCAAGAUGGAGAAGGAAAGAGAAAAGCAGGUUUACUUGGCUAGGCUUGCUGAACAAGCUGAAAGAUAUGAUGGUAUUCCUGUUAUCUUCUUCUGUAAUUCUGAUUUUUUUUUCUUCUUGUUCUGUGCCUAAGGCUACCUCUAUGUUCUUCUGUGUGAAAUGUUUGAGAGUUAGGAAUUUCGGGUUUUGUUUGUUUCUGGAUGUUGUUUGUUUAAAGGCUUCUACUUUUGCAUGUUGAGAUUGAAGAUAUGUUCUGGGUUGUUCUUGAAUUCGAUUUUCUUUGGCGAAGUACUGAGCUUUAAGGAAUUUUUUGGUGGUUUUUUUUUUUUUCCUGCGUCAUCAUUGCAGUUUUAAGCCUUUGAUCUAAUGAGGAUAUGAAUCACUUUGGAUUCAUUCUAGUGUAGGUACAACAUUAAUUGGUCUGUUCUUCCUCAUACUUUUUUCAAAAGUUAAUUUAAGACUCUUAGAAAUACAAUACUUCUAGUAGAUACAUUCAAGUUUUCCAUAUUACUUGCUACUGUUUUUAUUUAUAUCUGAGCUUAGCAUAUUGAUGCUACUGUUUUUUUUUUUUUUUUUUUGCGUCAAAGAGAAACACCAAUUCAUGCUCCAGUCACCCCCACUAGUAAAUUUUUUGUCAUUUCUUGCCAAAAUUUAAGAAGUAAGAUGGAUGAGAGUACAUUCAUUGGAUCCUCUCUUUGUAAUGCAAAAGACUGCAAGGUCUCUGAAUUUUUUCGCGGUUUUUUUUCUUCGUUUUGUUGAAGGACUAUGGGAUUCAUCAGGCCUUUUUUCACUUUCAAAGUUUCAACUUGUGUUUUUCUUGUGAGUAGUUGUGAAUUGUGAUGCUUCCUGGGUGUGGCCUUCAUAGGAUUUAACUUCUAUGUCUCUCGUCGUGUUGUUUGUAUUUUUGGUUUUGAUUUUUCUCUUCUCCCAGAGAUGGUUGAAGCAAUGAAGGAGGUUGCCAAAAUGCAUGUAGAGCUGACAGUUGAGGAAAGAAAUCUAGUUUCAGUUGGGUAUAAAAAUGUUAUUGGUGCAAGAAGGGCAUCUUGGAGGAUAUUAUCUUCCAUUGAACAGAAGGAGGAGGGCAAGGGCCAUGAACAGAAUGUGAAAAGGAUAAAAGUUUACAGAGGAAGGGUAGAGGAUGAGCUUACAAGAAUAUGCAAUGAUAUCUUGACUGUGAUAGAUGAGCAUCUUCUUCCAUCUUCUUCUGGAGAAUCUACUGUUUUCUACUACAAGAUGAAGGGCGACUAUUACCGUUACUUGGCUGAGUUCAAAUCUGGGGAGGAUCGUAAACAGGCAGCAGAUCAGUCACUCAAGGCCUAUGAGGCUGCCACUGCUGCUGCUAGUACUGAUCUUCCUCCUACUCAUCCAAUUAGACUUGGCUUGGCAUUGAAUUUCUCUGUCUUUUACUAUGAGAUAUUGAACUCCCCUGAAAGGGCAUGCCACCUUGCCAAACAAGCAUUUGAUGAAGCUAUAGCUGAACUUGACAGCCUUAAUGAGGAGUCCUACAAAGAUAGCACCUUAAUUAUGCAGCUUCUUAGGGAUAACCUAACAUUAUGGACCUCAGAUCUUCCAGAAGAGGGAGGUGAGCACGCUAAAGCUGAUGAGAUACAGGCAGAGGUAGGAUUUCGUAUUCAGUAACUCAAAGCCUGUUUUAGAUAGAAAACCCAAUCAUGUGCCAUUUGCCAGAUGUUUUUACACAUGAUUUGCAUGAUGCUUCUUGGCUCAUUUGGGCAGUGUCAUUUUCUUUCAUGCUUAAAUUUAUUGCUUUAUCGCGUUGUGUCCUAUUCUAAUUAGUUGCUUCCUUUUGAGAGAUUUUAUUGGUCACUUGCUAAUCUUGCAGACCUAGUGAAAGUGAAUGAACUGGUGCUUUGUGCAAAAGCGACUUCAAUAGGGAGAGCUGUCAUCAAAUGUACCAGGGUUUAAUUCUGUUGUCGACAUAAGCUCAAAGGUUAAUCAGAACUGGCUGUACUUUUCUGUUUAACUCUUACAAUUAUUGAUGUUACUUCUCCUUGUACUCAAUGCGGAUUAGUUGUGUGGUUGUGAUUUGAAUUUCAGCUACAUAGUCAGAAUUAAAGCUCUCAUCUAAAAUCCCCCUAAGGCCCUAACCUUCCUCUUACCCCGCAUCUCUUGUGAAUAAAUUCUGUGAAGAGGUUUUCCUAAUGCUUGUCACUAGGCCAUCAUUUUUCACAAAUGCCAUAGUUUUUGGCGCGGGGGGGGGGGGGGGGGGGGG